CGCGCCCUAGAGGCGCAGGCCUGGUGCAGCUAGAGGUUGGCCCAUCCCAGCGCCAGAUCCAGCCUCCUAGAGGAACCAUGUCUUCUGCACCUUUGGGUGCCAGCUGUUGUGCCAGGCACGCGCCGCUGCACAGGAGAUGACGUUAAAUUCCCCAUGAAUGUUCGGAGGAGGAAUACCAGAGCUGCCGGCUGAAAACUAUCCAAACAAAACAACUAUGUAGGCACCCUGAAUCACCUCCCCCAGGAUGGACUUCCUCUUUCUCUUCUUGUUCUACCUGGCUUCAGUGCUGAUUGGUGUUGUUCUGAUCUGCAUCUGCUCAAAAACGCAUUGCUUGAAAGGCCUGGUCGGAAGAGGAACACAGGUAUUUUCCUAUAUAAUCCCAGAAUGCCUUCAGAGAGCCAUGCUAAAAUUGCUUCAUUACCUCUUCCAUACACGAAACCACACCUUCAUUAUCCUGCACCUCAUCUUGCAAGGGAUGAUUUAUACUGAAUACACCUGGGAAAUACUUGGCUACUGUCAAGAGCUCGAGUUCUCCCUGUAUUACCUCCUUCUGCCUUAUCUGCUGCUGAUUGUAAACCUGAUUUUUUUCACCCUGAGUUGUGUGACUAACCCUGGUACCAUAACAAAAGCAAACGAAUUGCUGCUGCUUCAAGUUUAUGAAUUCGAUGAAGUGAUGUUCCCCAAGAACAUGAAAUGCUCUACUUGUGAUUUAAGGAAACCAGCACGAUCCAAGCACUGCAGUGUGUGUAACCGGUGUGUGCACCGCUUUGACCAUCACUGUGUGUGGGUGAACAACUGCAUCGGGGCCUGGAACACCAGGUACUUCCUCCUCUACCUCCUGACAUUGACGACCUCAGCUGCCACCAUGGCCGUGGUGAGCACUGUGUUUCUGGUCCAGUUGGUGGUGGUGUCGGACUUCUACCUGGAGACUUACGUUGAUGACCUUGGACACUUCCAGGUUGUUGAUACUGUCUUUCUUAUUCAGUACCUGUUCCUGACCUUCCCAAGAAUUGUCUUUCUGCUGGGCUUUGUCAUGGUACUGACCUUCCUCCUGGGGGGCUACCUGUGUUUUGCUCUGUACCUGGCUGCCACCAACCAAACCACCAACGAGUGGUACAAAGGUGACCGGGCCUGGUACCAGCAUUGCCCCUACAUGGCCCAGCCACCAUCUGCAGAGCCGCAGGUUUACCAGAACAUUCACUCCCAUGGGCUUUGGAGCAACCUUCGAGAGAUCUUUCUACCUGCUGCACAUUAUGAGAGAAAGAAGAAAUAACAAUGGAAGAGUGUAACUGCUUUUUAAAUAUAGUAUGCAUUUAUUUAUACAUGUG